AUGGAUUCGCUAGAGGAACUCGUAGAACAGUCGGAUCGGCUGCUUAUGGAAAUCCAAGGCGAUACUGAUUUACCACUGAUCACACGUAGUCUUGAACAAAUGGGAGCUUAUGGUGAGAAAUUGUGUUCGUCUCGUGGUGUAAGGAGCGAUGUGAAGGCUGCACGUCUACUGGGUCCAACCAUAAACUAUGACUUACCUAGUAACUUAUCAGCGAAAUUGGAAUCUCUUUCACAAAUAAAGGAGGUGGAACUUGCUAAGCCGAAGAUUGACAUGGAUAUACAUACGUUCCUGAGGUGCGAGCGGGAGAAUGUCUUAUUUACGGCAACUGAACAGGCAAAGCGAGCUGUCUUUGACGAGGUUGACUCGAUUUGUCGCAGAGCUACGUCGUCUUGGUGGGACCGUCAAGCUGCCGCCAUCUUGACAGCUCUCGCUAGUUCUGCCGGUCCAAUCGACUCCGCUAUUUUUCAAUCUAUUCCAAGUUCCAUUACAGCAGACACUACUAUGAGUCGGGAAUUCCUUUCUCAUACUGCUUCAAUCGAUUAUUCUAUAGAAUCACAGGCAUCGAUUUCGAAAGAGGAGCUUUUUUACGCUAAUCAAGUGGAUAAAUAUCUCAUUGACUCUCUCACUACUACGCACAUCGUCUAUCUGCGUCCAAUGUCUGUUAGUUCAGGCCUCCUUAAUAAGCCAUCGCUUUACGACUACCUCUACAACACGUCAAACGCAAAAUCUGUUUUCUUUGAUGAAUCCAAACAAAACGAUUUUUGUGAAGUUUUCCGCCUCAUUAAGCGCAUGUUUUCAAUAUCAGCUAUAAAUAUUGAUGAUAUUGGACCUUCAGAAACUCCACUUCUUGAUCUUCCUCUUCCUCCCACCCACGAGAGGGCAUUAGAGGCUCGUUCUGGUUCUGUUCUCCAGUCGGCAUUUUUAAGAAGAGCAAUUGCUCAUUUGGAGGCGGAAUUUGCGACUUAUUUGCAAACUGUCGUCGCUUCAAAUCCACGUCUGGCUCAAUUAGGGGGUUGUCCAGGUGUUAAGUCCCUCGUUCGAGCUUUCCUUAACGUGAAAAAUCCCUCCUUCCAAUCCUCUGGAGCCACUGACUUCAAUUCCUUUGGUGACUUUGAGGUACUGAUUGCGCAAUUCGCACCAACCAUAUUGCUGUUUUUAGGACGGUUUUGUAGAUGGCAAGCCGGUCUGGCCCAUGAUAUACUAUUGCCUUCGUUGUGGCGCCCUGCAGGAUGCUGCUGGCAUCGCAUCAGACGCAGCGUAUGUUUGGCUUUUAGAAUUGGGAAUGUCUAUUUGGAGUCGAUGAGCAUUUACUGUAUUAAUCUUCACAGCAAUAACCUGGGGGAUUUCGCACAAAUCCUAAACACUUACAUGGUUGAAGACAGGUGUCUGCCUCCAAAAUUGGUGGCAAAUGUUCGAAAGACAUAUCGGCGACUGGUAAAAACGUCUCGUGACCCGUACAAAAGGUUGGUAUACUGUCUCCUGGGCUGCUGCGAUCUUUCUGAUGCACACACUGAUGUUGGUCAAAGUAUCGAUGACUUUCUGUGGCUUAGGCUUUCACAAAUUUCUACCAAUGAUGGUACAGCUGAUCAGCAAGAUGACGCCGAAACUCUUUCCAUUGGUCAACUGCAAAAUCUCCUUUAUGAAACAUAUGGUAAGGGGACGCCAGUUUUCAAAACUGGAGUAUCUGUAGGUGAAACAUACUUUGACGCUUGGAACCAGCCCCUUAUGUACUUCAAAAUCCUCUGUCUAAGCCAACAGUUUGAAGGAGCUUUGGCCUUUUUGUCGCGUAUUGAGGGGUUGCGCUGUCAUGCCGUUCAUCUGGCUCUUCUGCUUCGUGAAAUGAAAAUCCUUCUCCUACCGACCUCAAAGCAGGCACCGCUAGUGUCUCGUGUGGAUUCGGAUCCCUCUGGUUUUCGACGUCUCAAUUUCAUCCGGCUAUUGCUCCUCUACACGCGCAAAUUCGAGUCUGGUAACCCAACGCUGUGCCUGAAUUACUACUAUUUCUUGCAUGACCUUCCCUCUGUAAGUGAGGGCAAAGAAAAAACGCCAACUGCGACUCUGCCUGGUUUUGGGAUGUCCAGUCUCUUUGUUCAAUGCGUGGCUGAAUUAGUCAUUCAGACGGGUGAAUUUGAUCUUCUCCUCGGUCGACUUGUUUCGGACGGUGGGGCUUUGCGUCAGGCCGGCGCUAUUGAUCGCUUUGCAAGUGUGGCGCCGCCCACCUCUCUCAUCACCGCCGUUGCAGAGAUGCUUGAGGCCCGAGGCCAAAUGGUGCAGGCAGUGAGUGUCUACCUCCUUGCUGGAGAAGUAAAAAAUCUCCUCUCUGCUGUUCGUCUUACCAAUCUUCUUCUCGUCGGUGUGGUUGCUAUUGGCGCUUUCAACGGUCUCAGGACAACAAGUAACUCCGAUCGAGAGGACAUAAUGAGUCUAGCUACUAAAGUUGGUCUUAGUGUUCGACGCCUUGACCCGAUUACUUCAGCAGUUGGCGGAGAGGUGACCUCAGACAGUGGGAAUUGUGGAGACGUCUCACCGGCCCUUCAGUCGGCCGCUCGGGUCCUCUACUACCUUCUCGAUUUGGCCACUUUCUUUGAUCUGGCCAGCGCGGGUCAAUGGCAGGCAGCGCUGGACCACAUGGAUCGACUGGGUCUCUUGCCCACAACCGCUGCCAGUGAGGAGAUUGAUGCCAAGGUAGCUGGCUUUGCCGCCCUCUCUGAUCUCGUCCGUAGACCUAUUCCUGCCGCACUUCUCCAACUUAUGCGAUGUCUCACCGCUAAAGCCUCUAACGCUAGAGCUAACGACAGGGAACCAUCGUUGUGCCUUGUGGAGGUGCGGGCGAGAAUGCGAGCCCUUAUCACUUUCGUUGGUCGAAUUCCAUAUCGCAUGCCUAGCGAGGUGUACGCACGCCUCGCGCAGGUGGAAAUGCAGUUAUCCUCCGCUUCCUCUUGCGCUUGA